CGCCGGAGGUUUCCAUCAAAGUUUUGCUGGUGAAUUUCACUGUAGUUUCAACUGGAUUACAAGACCAACUGCUGGGUCUAGUAGUAAUGCAGGAACGGCCAGAUUUGGAAGAGCAAAGAAGCCAGAUUGUGGUGAGUGUAGCUCAGAUGAAACAUGAGCUUAAAGACAUUGAAGAUCGAAUUCUGUUGAAACUGAGCGCUUCCGAGGGAUCUCCCCUAGACGAUCUUGAUUUCAUAAUAACUUUAGAGGCGUCUAAAGUGAAGAGCGAAGACAUUAAGAAUAAAGUUGAGGCUGCCGAAAUAACUCAGAUUGACAUUGACCAUACAAGGGCCCUUUAUAUACCGGUAGCCAAUCGAUCACAAAUUUUAUUCUUUUGCUUGGCUGAUCUUUCGAACGUGGAUCCAAUGUAUCAGUAUUCGUUGGAAUGGUUUAUUAACAUUUUUAUAUCCACAAUGGCGGAAUCUGAGAAAAGCGAUGAUAUCACCAUACGCGUGCAAACAAUCAACGAUAAUUUCACAUUUAAUUUAUUCAGUAAUGUAUGUAGAAGCCUUUUUGAAAAACACAAGCUCCAUUUUGCAUUUCUUAUGUUAAUAAGAAUACUUAUGGAUGAAAACAAAAUUAACCCCCAAGAAUGGCAGCAUUUCCUUGCAGGAGGAUCACCGUUGAGAGAUAUUCCAAAUCCAGCUUCAGAUUGGUUGUCCAUUAAGGCUUGGAAAGAAAUAUUAGCUUUAGAAGUUUUACAAACACUUGAACCAUUUGUCGCUAGCUUCAGUAGAAAUAGAACACUUUAUAAGACAAUAUUUGAUAGCGCCGAACCACACAGGGAAAAACUGCCGUCGCCAUUCGAUUCCACUCUGGACGGCUUCCAAAAAAUGAUUAUCCUAAAAAGCUUGCGUCCGGACAAGGUCACUAACGCAAUGCAAGAUUUCCUCUCGGAUAAACUCGGUCAGCAGUUCAUCGAACCCCAAUCCUCGGAUUUGUUUGCCAUGUUCAAAGAAUCCGCUCCCACCAUUCCCUUGAUAUUCGUCCUGUCGACUGGCACAGAUCCAGCAGCGGAACUCUAUAAGUUUGCCGACAGGAUGAAAAUGGGCAAGAGGAUGUUUUCGAUUUCGCUGGGUCAAGGACAAGGUCCUAGGGCGGAGAAAAUGAUCAGGGAAGCGUUCGAGGCUGGAUCUUGGGUGUUUUUCCAGAAUUGUCACUUGGCUCCAAGUUGGAUGCCAAGCCUUGAACGCAUAAUAGAAACACUUCAGCCCGAUAAUGCUCAUAGAGAUUUUAGAAUAUGGCUAACGUCGACCCCUUCUCCAUAUUUUCCAGUGUCCAUUUUACAAAACGGUAGCAAAAUGACUGUGGAACCACCUGCCGGAAUAAAGGCUAAUAUACUUAGGGCAUAUUUGAAUCAAGUGUCAGACUUUGUCGAUUUCAUCCAAUCGGAAAACAAAAAAGCGCUGCCCUUUAAACUAUUGACCUUCUCUUUGUGUUUGUUUCAUGGAGUAUUGCUCGAAAGAAGGAAAUUUGGACCGCUCGGAUUCAACAUCCCAUAUGAAUUCACCGAUGGUGAUUUGAAGAUUUGUCUGUCGCAGCUUCAUAUGUUUUUGUUAGAGUAUGAAGAUAUUCCUUUCAAGGUUCUCACUUAUACCGCUGGUCAAAUCAAUUAUGGUGGAAGAGUUACCGAUGAUUGGGACAGAAGGUGCCUCAUGAACGUGUUGGCCGACUAUUACAAGCCAGAAGUUGUUUCUCCAGAUUAUGUUUUCGAUAAACAUAAUUUCUACCACCAGUUACCAUCAACAUCCUUGUUUUUGGACUACAUGGACUACAUAAAAACUUUUCCGAUCAACGACGAUCCAGAACUGUUUGGAAUGCAUGCUAACGCCGACAUUACUUUUGCUCAGUCGCAGACGUACAAAUGUUUAUCUACUCUACUAUUGCUGCAGCCGAAACGGGUAGGGGGUGCAGCCUCGAGUCAGGAAGAAGUUACAACUGCUAGUGCCAAAAAUAUAUUGGAGCAGUUACCCAAGUUGUUCGAUUUGGAGCUGAUAUCACAGAGAUACCCGGUUCUAUAUGAAGAAUCCUUAAACACGGUAAUAAUACAAGAAGGUAUAAGAUAUAACAGGCUACUCGUUGUAAUACGUGCCACUUUGCUUGAUCUGUUGAAAGCUCUCAAAGGAUUAGUGGUGAUGUCAGAAGUAUUAGAGAGAAUGUCGCUGAGUCUGUUCACGAAUAUGGUUCCCCAGAUAUGGGCCAGUAAAGCGUAUCCUUCAUUGAAACCUUUAGGUGCUUGGGUUUCCGACUUAAUUGCCCGAUGUCAAUUCCUGCAAACCUGGUUGAAUAAAGGUAUACCUCCCGUCUUCUGGAUAUCUGGCUUUUAUUUUCCGCAAGCCUUUCUGACUGGAACACUUCAAAACUUUGCCAGAAAAUAUGUUGUAUCCAUUGAUACAAUCAAUUUCAGGUUCAAGGUGCUGAAUUAUUAUCCAAAGGAUCGCCAAUCCGAUGGAUGCUGUAUUUGGGGCUUAUUUCUGGAAGGGGCUCGUUGGAAUGCUGAUCUAGCAAUUUUAGAUGAAUCCAUACCAAAAGAGCUUUAUACAGAAAUGCCUGUUAUCUGGUUAGUACCAGAAGAACACCAUGUCCGACCACCAGGAACGUACGAAUGUCCGGUUUACAAGACUCUCACACGGGCCGGGGUCUUAUCCACAACUGGUCAUUCAACGAACUACGUUUUAGCCAUCGAAGUACCGUGUAAGAAACCUGAAAAUCACUAUAUUAAACAAGGAGUCGCUCUAAUAUGUGCACUUGAUUAUUAAAUUUAGAUUAUUGUUGUUAAUG